CCCAACCGAAAAUCUGAAAUCUCUCUUCCCACUAAAGUUUCUGUCAAAACAAAAUACAAAACAAAUACUUCACAAAUAGAAAUAAAAACGAAGUACAAACGUAUGUAUUAGCAAAAACGUUUUAAAUGAAUCGUAUUCGACCAAGUUCCAUAUGUAUGUAACAAAUUUGAAGAGUGAAGAGAGAAAAAGCGAAUGAAAUUUGAAAUUCACACUUUAUGCUUGAGUUUUAACGCAAAUGUAUCAGUGAGAAAGUUAACAAGUUGUAGUUCUUUGUUUAAAUAUAGCAAUAUUCACAAAUUGUGCUAAUCGCAAUUAAACGGAUCGACGUAAUAAAGGUGGAGGGAUUUCGUUUAAGAUAAGAUGAGUAUCUACGGAUUUGACCCUGUCGCAACAGCGUUGUCUCAAGCAGAGGUGCUCGAGAACAUAUUCCGCUUUCUCCCAACCCCCUCGUUGACCGCGUGUUGUCUCGUGUCGCCAAAAUGGACGGUCGAGGCGGCUCGUCGCCUCGAGCAGGAAGCCCUAAUCCGACUUGAUUCGACCAAGUUGGAAAAAUACGGUGUAAUCAUGGCGAUGAAGGCUUGUCGUUUGAAUCAGCAAACGCCACGACCCCACGAAUCCCUCAGUUUCACUCUGGACUAUCGAGGUUGCUUAGAUUUGUUAUCGGUAGGGUCCUUGGCCCCUGUAAUGGAUGUCGUCUACCCGAAAAUUAGGCGACUCUGUUUGGAAAUUCUGUAUAGGGAAGACUCACAAAUAAAGAUAAUCGAGCCCCACGUCGUAUCCCAGCUACUCCCCUUCUUCAAGAACAUCACCCACUUUAAACUCAUCGUCAUCCCACCGAAAACGGAGCGGACGACCAACCGUGAAAAAACUGACCAGCUUCCGCACCUUGGCAAAGUGGUCAUGUCCAUCCCAAACACACCCAUGUUCAAUUUCUUACACACCGUAGAGUUCGAGCUUGCCUUCAGCUAUGCAAUAGGAACGCCUCCCGGGAGACUGAAAGCCUUGGCGAAUCGAAUUAUCGCCAUGGCCGGGGAACACGUCAAGCUCGGCAAAGUUUACACUAAAUUUGCCAACGGGGAAAAUAAUCCUCUCCUCCAACUUUCCACUGUUGACAAUCCCAAGGGGGCAAGUAAUUCGCGUGUCAGUUGUGACAUGACCACAUACAUGUUGGACGCAAUCGGUGUGGCGGGGCGGGAGGAGCUGCACGAGGUGCAAGUCACGUCCACAAUGACGACACGAAUUCUUGAAAAAGGUGGGUUCACGGGGCUCCGAAAGGUGCAGAUGGAACUUUUUAAUUCCGAGGUGGACUACGCGGUCAGAUUUUUGGCGGCGAUGAAGGAUCAGUUGGUCGAGGUGAGCGUGUGUAUCAAUGGGGGAUCGAGGAAGGAGGUGGAAGUGCCGGUUAUGCCGAAAUUGGAAACGUUUGAAAUUUGGACGGCCAACGACCUCGGGGGUUGCAGACUGCAUGCCGUGAAGCUUUCCAAUUUGCAAGAUGCCUAUCCUGUGCUGAAAUCCAUCCAUAUAUUAUCGCACGACAUUCACAUUAUGGAGUUUCACUUGAACAACGUGCUAUUUUUUGAAGAAUCGAAAACUAGGAAUGUCAAGACCACUGCUAGGAAAGAUAGGACAUCGACGACAUCGUCGUCUCCCUUCCCUAAAUUGGAAAUGGUCGUAAUAUGUAUACGAAAAGUAGAAAAAGAGCACCGAGAUACGUAUAACAGACUGGUUGGGAGAGUUAAGGGAAAUGGGUAUGUUUUGGAUCAUAAAGAUUACAACUCGGAGGGAUUGGGGUCGAAGUUCUAAGUUUCUUUAUGAAAUGCCAAAUAUCCAAUUGUUCAUAAAAAAUCGAUAUUUACAUUCAUGAGGACUACGUUACUCCUCUUGCUAACACAAAUUAAUCGAAUUUUAGAUAAGAUUGACGUUCUAAUCAUUCCAGCGAAAAUGUAGACAAUACUAUUUUUCGCAUCUCAAGGAUUGCAAAUUCAGGAAAGGAAGUUCGUCUAUUUUUCACGAGAGUACAAAACCAUGUAAUUAGAGCACAAUAUUUGCAUAAAAAACUUGUAUUUCUAUAGUUUGUUAGGUGACAUCUUUAAAUUCAGCAAAGUAUCUUACCAUUCUGUAUUUAAUAUUACGGGUAUGUACACCUUAAUGAAUAAAAUCCUUCCUUUUCUUGUUUAAAAUUACAAAAUAAUUACAGGGUUAUUAAUUGUUAUUACUUGUAUUAUAUAUUUAAUAAUGGUUCGUACUUUAAUAUAUAUAUAAUUAUCAUAUUUGUAAUUUGUACUCUGCCUGUUUAAAUGAGGCUCUCGUUAAAUAAGUUAAAUAAAUUUACGACAACUUAGCAAUACUGAUUAACAAUCAUAGCAGCAGCUUGUUCGUCUACAUAAAUAAAUUACUAUUUCGAUCAUCGUAUCAGAAAGGACGCCAUGACCCUCUAGCUGUCAAAUCAAAUGCAAAUUUUGCCCUGACUUCACAGCGAACUAAUGGAAGACCCACUCUCCCGUGUGUGCUUGAAAUCAUUGUAGGCUAAAAUUAAAAAAAUA